AUGACCAUGGAGAACCAUAAUAAUGCUAAGCAAGAUAUAGAUAAGAAUAAAGUAGAAUGUGAUAAUAAAUAUAUUUAUACGAAAUUUCCUAUGUUUGAUAUGCAUAAGAAAAUAAAAUAUUAUAACAAUAAAAUAUCAGAUAUUAAUUUAGAAAAUAUAAAAUUAAAAAGGUGUAAGAAACAUUUGGAAACACAUAUAUUAGAAGAAAAUAUAAUAUUUGAAAAAAAUUUCAAAAAUUAUGAGAAAAUUAUUUCGAAUGCUUUACGUUUAGGAUAUUCCUGUAUGAAUUUAUGUACAAUAUUAAAUAAGCUUAUAAAUAAAGAUAAAUUAUAUGUUUUAAGAUUAUUGUUAAGAAAAAGAGAUGAAUUUAAAAAUAAUAUUAUAAAAUCUUAUAUUCAUAAACAUAUGGAAAAUAAAAUUUAUUUUAAAACACUUACAAAUAUAAUACAAAAUUUUGCUUUAAAAAAUAAAAAUUUUGUAACCAUAUUCUUAGUUCAUCAUAUAAAAAACAAAAUUAAACUUCAUUUUAUACAUUUUUAUAAUGUUAUUUUAUAUCAAUAUAAUAAUGUAAAAGAAAAAUGUAAACAUAUAUCUAUCUUACAAUCAAAUAAUCAUUUUAUUUCAAAUAAAUUAUAUUUACAAAAUAUACAUAUUCUUAAUAAAAUAUUAGCAUUAUUCAAAUUGUCUUAUAUUAUCAAAAAUCGCUUUCGCCUGAACGUUCAGAAUUUUUUUGUAUACAUGUUAGAAAAAAAAAAAAAAAAAAAAAAUUAUUUUAUGAAAGAAAAAAAUGAUAACAUAAUAAAUAUGAAAUGUCCAACAAAUAAUAUAGAAGAUGAUACUAUAAAUACAACAACUAAUUAUAAUAUGGAUAAAGAAAAUCUAAUAAAUUAUGAAUAUUGUACAAAUAAAAAAAAAAAUUUUAUAGAAAAUACAUUUUUCAUCAAUGACAAUUCAUCAAGUACAAGUAGUUGUAUACUACAUCCAAAUGAUUUUUAUAAUUAUUUAUAUAAUGAAGAAUUAAAAAAAUAUAUAUACAAUGAUACCAAAUAUAAUCAGAUCAAUAUAUAUGAUAAAAGUAUAUAUCAAAAAUUGAAACAAAAGGAAAAGGACAAAAAAAAAAUAUAUCAUAAAGAAAAUAGUAUUUUACAAAUUCAAAGUUAUCUAGAUCAUAAAAUUGUAAAAAAAAAUAUAUAUAUUCAUUCUUUAAAAAAAGAACUUGAGGAUUUAUUUUUUGAAAUACCAAACGAUGUAAAAAUACAUCAUAAUCAAAAGGAACAAAUUAAAAAUGUACAAACAUCUUGUAAUGAACAAAUUGAAAAAAUCCAAAGAACUCUCAAAAAUAUAAGGAACAAACAUUUUUUUUUUAUCAUUGGAAUGGGCCCACCAGAAAAUUUACAGUUAAAAGCUUCUGAUAAUUGUGAUUUAAAUUUAUAUAAAAAUUUUAAAUUUCUUAAUAAUAUGAGCAACACAUCAGGAAGUAUUACAAAUAAGGGUAGUAAGAUAUUAUUUAGCAUAAAAAGAUAA